AUGACAAAGAGUUGGGUUGACGUGUUUGUGGCUAGAGGGAAUGGACAAAUUGCGCAAACCGGCUUGAACCUUUUGACAUUCCUGAGGCGACUGCGGGCGACGGUGGUGACAGCAUCUGCUUCAUUGCCGAGGCGGCGUACUUGGGCAGCCGUUGCGGAUUGCGCUGCGGAGGGCCGGUGCCACAGGGGCGUGCUGCGUUCACGGCGCCUUGCGCGACGCAGGGCAGUGCGCUGCGACGAAAGUGGCAGGGUGUUGAGAAGCCUCUUUUUCCGUUGUUUCAUACCGUCCUGCUGUGGGUGGCGUGCGCCUUGGCAUUUUGGACGUUUGCAAGUUACGGCCCUGCAAUUGGGGGGCAGAGAAAAUUGGCCUGAAUCACGGCAUCAAGGAAUGCUGGCAGCAUCUUCAGCACCUGCUGCAGGGGACACUCCAGCAGAAGAAGAUGCAGUUAGCAUUGGGUGA